AUGAACUGCUGUGAAUAUUUACCCAGGGUUAAUGUGCUAUCUAUAAUCGUUGACUUUGAUGAGUCACUUCAUGACUUGAAAGGAGUUGCGCUUCAAUCGAAGAACCAUCUCUUGAUCUCAUCUAAGAAGAAACAUACCGAUGUGGUCUUACCAAUAUACUUACCUCAUAAUAAUUUGAAAAUAAAAAGUGUUAACAAAACGAAGGACUGCUUAACGAUAUCUAUAAGUCUAGAGAAUCCUAGGAUUGAAAAUGAAAGGACUGAAUCGUUUGUAAGCUCAAACAUACAAAAAUGGUCAUGUAAAGACUUGAAAAAUAAAACACCGAAAGAUGGCGAUAUGGCAAAUCUUUUUACUUUCAAUUGCAUAUCUUGUGGCCAAGGAAUAAUAGAUUCGAGAAACUACAAGUUUCUUGAUAUGCCUUCUGAGUAUUGGCAUGAACUAAUGGACUUUUGGCAUUGUCACAAACCUCAUUCUGAUGAGCAAGUAGAGAAGGACUACAAUGGAAAGCUUCAAGCAAAUAACAAUGACGUAAUAAUGGGAAGCUACUACCUACAGUUGAAUGAAAAGUUUACACCCCAGAGCAUAAAUACACAUGAUGGUGUUACUUGUACCCAAUGUCAUACAAGUUUGGGUGAUUUAAAUGGCAGUAAUGUUAGGCUAUUUAAAUGGAAUCUUUCUCUUGCUUAUGGAACAAGAAAAGAAACAUUUCCGAAGUGGUUGUACAUUUACAGUGUGAUAUUGGAUAAGAUAAACAUAUCUGCUUCAAGGAAGUUUAAAAUUUAUAACGGGUCUGAAGGUAUAUUCCUUUGGAUUAUAGGCAUUGGAAUGGAUGUAUCAUACAGCGAUCAUAUUACGAAGAAUUCACUAAAAAUCCUAUAUUGUCCUGCAAUUUCAACUGGAAUCGAAGAACUUGAAAACGUCGAAUAUAUAGAGACAUUUCCCGAUGUAUUAAAAAGCUUCAACAACAAGAUAGACAAAGUGAAUAGUCUAUUACCAUCUUCUAGUAAACAAGUUUCCUUUGAAGAAGGUGGCGAAGUUCGAAAUUAUAAAGUUGCAUACAUUGGCACCAGUGAAGCCUCUUAG